CCACCAGUCAAGCAGCUAGCUAAAUUUCACAUAUAUGGAAACUGUGAACUCUAGUAGUAUCAAGAGUGGUCAUGGAGUACUGCAACUACUGUGGAAGGUAUACCGUGGUCGUUGGUUCAUGGCCUUCUCUUCUUUCUUGAUUAUGUCAGCAGCAGGAGCAACAUAUAUCUUUGGCGUAUACUCAACUGAUAUCAAAUCGUCACUUGGUUAUGACCAAACAACUCUUAAUCUAAUAAGCUUUUUCAAAGAUUUAGGUGCAAAUGUUGGCAUCUUAUCUGGUCUAAUCAAUGAAGUUACACCACUAUGGGUUGUCCUUUCCAUUGGAGCUACCAUGAAUUUCUUGGGUUAUUUCAUGAUAUGGCUUAGUGUGACAUCUCGUAUAUCGAAGCCUCAAGUAUGGCAGAUGUGUCUUUACAUUUGUAUUGGUGCCAAUUCUCAAGCUUUUGCUACUACCGGUGCUUUAGUAACAUGCGUUAAAAAUUUCCCUGAAACUAGAGGAGUAGUUUUUGGAUUGUUAAAAGGUUUUAUAGGUUUAAGUGGUGCUAUUAUUACUCAACUUUAUCUUACUUUUUACGGUGAUGAUUCCAAGAGUUUAAUCUUGCUAAUUUCCGUUCUUCUUGCUGGUAUUUCACUGUUAUCUGUUCAUACUAUCAGAAUUAUGAAAGUUGUUCGACAAAUGAAUGAGCUGAAAGUGUUCUAUAACUUCCUGUAUCUCUCAUUAAUUCUUGCCGGGUUUUUAAUGACUAUCAUCAUAGUUGAGAAAACUGUUCCUCGUUUUUCUACAAAUGAGUAUAUUGGAAGUUCAGUUCUUAUUAUCCUCUUAUUGUUUUCUCCUCUUCUCGUUGUAGUUAACGAAGAGAUUCGUCUCUGGAAGUUCGAAAAGCAGUUUGAAUUAUCAAAAAGUGGUACUACAAUGGAAGCAACGGCUAUUGAACUUCCACCAAAUUCUGGACCAGAACCAGAUCCUAUACUUACUGCGCCAAGGAGGAGCCAAUCGUGCUUUUCCACUAUGUUUCAGCAACCAAACAGAGGAGAAGACUUUACAAUGUUGCAAGCACUUGUGAGUAUUGAUAUGUUCAUUUUAUUCUUGGCAACAACUUUUGGUGUUGGUGGGACAUUAACUGCAAUUGAUAACCUGGGACAAAUCGGUUCUUCACUAGGCUAUUCCACCACUGGCAUAAGCACUUUUGUAUCACUAGUAAGUAUAUGGAGUUAUCUCGGUCGAGUUUUUUCAGGGUUCACUUCCGAAAUCCUUCUACAGAAGUACAGCUUUCCUCGAUCAUUAAUGCUUUCAUUGAUACUUUUAAUCUCUUGCGUGGGUCACCUUCUGAUCGCUUUCGCGUUCCCAGGUUCUGUUUAUGUAGCUUCAGUGAUAAUAGGAUUCUGUUUUGGUGCCCAAUGGCCAUUAUCAUGUGCCAUCAUAUCUGAAAUUUUUGGGCUAAAAUAUUUUUCCACUUUGAACAAUUUUGGUUCCAUUGCAAGUCCAAUUGGAUCCUAUAUACUAAAUGUUCGUGUCGCUGGGCGUCUUUAUGAUCAGGAGGCGGAUAAACAGAUGAAAGCUUUAGGACUCACUAGGACGGAAGGAAAGGCCUUAUCUUGCCAUGGUGUUCUCUGUUACACGCGUUCUUUUAUUAUAAUCACUGCUACAACAAUUUUUGGGACACUAAUCUCAUUGGUUUUGGUCUGGAGGACAAGAAAGUUUUACAAGAGUGAUAUCUACAAGAAGUUCAGAGAGCCGCAGGUGUCUGAAUCAGGAAAUGACAUCCCACUGUCAGGAUUAAGAGAUGCUGCAAAAUAGAUUGUUCACUGUAAAACUUAUCUCAAGGCAGAUGAGUUGUUUUGAGUGAAAAGAAGUAGAUAAAAUGUACAUCAGAAAAUGAAUGAAAAGUUAAAUAACAUAUCUUUGAACAAGAUUCUGGAUGCACCAAGAAGCUGACUGUCCUGUACUCAUUCCCAUCA